CAUCCAUCCCUGUCGUCCCUCCAAAAACAGCGAAUCCAAAUGUUUUAUUGUUGCUAUUUAUGUACUGUAGUAGGUAGGUCGAAUGCCACAUGCCAACAAUAGCGAGCUUUCUACAGUUUGUUUAAAAUAUGUCGCUUUUUUGCUCUUGGUGAAAUAUAAAAAAGUGCAUUGCUUCAAAGCGUAAUGCUGUGCCAAAAAACGACAGACGUUGACAUGCCAGCACUGAUGCUAGCUCGCUAGCUUAAGUAGCGGGACAUCGAAGUUAUAGCUACGGACGCGUUUUAUCUCUAGUAUCAAAUGUACUGUACACUUGAACAUUUUGGGUUGGUUUUUCUUAUGGCUUUACGUUUCCAGUAAAGCUACUUAAUUUUCAUUUGGCUAAAGUAUUUAUGGGUGCUGUUUGUUUAAUCCAUUUCCUCAUUGUAUGUGCAACUUGGUAAAAUCGCGUAACAACACGUCAGUGACCGAGUGUAAAUAGUUACACAACGUCAAAGUAAACGUUCAAGUGUAGCUGUAGCCAUUCUUCGACCUGUUGAUUCUGGUGAAAACUAGUUCACUAUUAGGGAAUAGUUAGCCAUUUUGGAUGUCAACAUGGUUUAACCUCCGUAUGAUUAAUCGUGUUGCCAUCAACAGGGUGAUUGGCAUGGCGGAGGGAGGCUUUGACCCGUGUGAAUGCAUUUGUUCGCAUGAGCAUGCAAUGAGACGGCUCAUCAACUUGCUGCGCCAGUCCCAGUCCUACUGUACUGAUACAGAAUGUCUUCAAGACAUGCCCGGUCCCAAUGGGUCAGUGGGAGGUGGAGGUGGAGACCUGACGCUGCCCAUGGUUCUGAUGGGCUGGAUGGUGUUGGCUCUCAUCCUCUUCUUGCUCCGACCCAGAAGCCUUAGAGGACCCACUGCAGCCUCCGGCAAACCUACUGGACCCCACAACAACCGUGACCGCGGGCCUCCAGCACCACCAGUGGAUUAGCAGCAGAACCAGCCUGACGGAACCAGUUUUUCUACCGGACUACCACCAUCUCCACUGGACGCUCUGCUGUUCCACGGUGGUACCAGGGAACCCAAAAUACAACAUGCCACCUCUGACCGUGUGCGCCCAGCGACCCCAAUGGCAGCCUGUUCCCUACACCAUGCACUCCUCCAGCCCAGGGGUCCGUGCACUGUGCAGGGUGCUGUUAGGGAGUGUUUCCUGUUUCACUUCCUGUCCCCUUAACCGGGGCCUGCUCAUUGGGCCCUGGUCUGUUCUACUGCCAGUCACAGAUGUUACCAUUUAGGACCUGGUGCUGGUGGUGGUGAUGAUGAUGAUGAUGAUGGUAGCUCAUUGGCUGUCUGCCCUACCAGUCGCUGCCCUGGGGAUCUUAAAGGGGCAGUCUGCAGCUCAGACAUUAACACAAUGCUCACCCUGCCACUGUAUGGAUGUACUGGUCUCAGAUUGCCCCUUUAACCCUAACCAGGAAGAUGCCUGGUUGAGCAGCCUCUGUAUAGUGCCGUCUGGUUUGUUAAUUAAAGUGGGACUGGUCCUGGGUCUUUGACAUAGAACAAGAUGAAUAGGUUAGUCAGCUACAUUUUAUUAAGUGCCAAAAAUAAUUAUCUUCAUUACAAUAACUGAACCUCACUGCAUGUAUGUUUUCUUUUUCAUCAAGUUAAUUAGACCAUGCCAUUUUAAACUUGUUUUUAAACAAUCACAAAAGUAGUAAAAACCGCAAAUCUGCAAGAUAUUUUGCUAAUCCAUGGGUCCUCUCUGAUCUAAGUUCAGUGUCCACAGUCCACGCUAUCCUUAUUCAUUGUGAUCCAAAAGGCCAAACUGAUCCCAGAUCAGCCUUAAUUCUGAGUCCUUUGAUACAUAUGGUACAGCCCCUGAUCGAGCCAAAGUGAGAUAGUUGGAAGGAAUGGGUUCUGAUUGGAGGAGAUGCUGGGUGGGAGGGGCCAGUGCUGUAGUUGUGAUGCCGCAUGUUCCAUGGUUGGCUGGUGACAUGGCAGAUGGAAUGCUCUAGAAGUUUACCUAAAUCUACGGAGGCUCUUUAGAUUUACAACAAACGUUCCUUUGUGAUCCUGUGUGUAGGGUAUGUUGUAGUGAGGAGUCUGUUCUGAUGUUGUAAUGUUGAUUGUGUGUUCCCAAUUCGGGCAGGUUUAUAUUUUUUACGGUUGGUUUUAAAGCCUGUAUACAGUUUUAAGGAACCAAUCUUUUUAUAUUAACCGACCCCCAGCUGCUAAUUCUGAUUAACGUGACGGACAAGGCAACCGUGUGUGUCCAAAAUGGCACCCUACGUCUCUGAGAGAAGGGGAGCAAGUCCCUUUCACUCUGUUGAUUUACAGACUUAGUUGUGGUGGACGAUGGACAUCAUUCGAGUGAAGUCUGGUUAUUUAACCGCUUGACGCACAGCAAGUAAAUAGCGCCGGUGAUGAUUUCCUGGAGAAUCACGAUAGGUGUCGUAGUGGACUUGUUCUCACCUUGGCUCUGAUCAGAGCAGGGCUCUAGAUGGGGAGUGGCUGUGAUUUGGGACCUCUGCUGACAACUUAGCAGACUGGACUGUGGUCUCUUCUCUCAUAGUUGUACUGUGCAGUGGUUCUGAGACCUCAAAUCUGGGACCUCCAUCUGUUCUAUGUAUUUGAUUUAUUUCAAAGCUGAUUCACACUGUCUGCUGAUCGACACGCAGCUAACUAGUGAUUCCGGUGAGCUGGUUUAGGGCUGCAACAGCUAAAUGGGACAUCUGUGGCGACUGAGAAACGGUCUGAAAACCACUGAUCAACUGAGGUUCUACGGGGCCAGAUAAAACACUGGACACCUCCACUUAAUGUGUCCAAACCUGUAUUUAUACAUCUCUAUUGAGAGAGAAAUACUGUGUUGUCUAGCUUUAAAUGACUCUAAAGUACUUUCAAUAUUACUUAUGGCACUUUGUUAGUGUGUUUUCUUAUGUUUCUGUCGGGUGGUUCUAGGGAUGGUGUUUCUAACAGAGACCUCUGUUUCAUCUGGCCUUUCCCUGGGCUGUUACAACAGGGGCCUCUGUUUUGUCUGGCCUUUCCCUGGGCUGUUACAACAGGGGCCUCUGUUUCGUCUGGCCUUUCCCUGGGCUGUUACAACAGGGGCCUCUGUUUCGUCUGGCCUUUCCCUGGGCUGUUACAACAGGGGCCUCUGUUUCGUCUGGCCUUUCCCUGGGCUGUUACAACAGGGGCCUCUGUUUCGAUCUGGCCUUUCCCUGGGCUGUUACAACAGGGGCCUCUAUUUCGUCUGGCCUUACCCUGGGCUGUUACAACAGGGGCCUCUGUUUUGUCUGGCCUUACCCUGGGCUGUUUUAACCUGUUAGGACAUCAUGCCGAUAAGUCACCCUAUUCUUUUGUUAUAAUAAACUGCUUUUGACCAGCUAAAAACAACAUUCACUCUGUACCCAUGUCAGAUUUACAGUUGGGUUCUGAUUACAUGGGGCACUUCCUUAGUAAUGUAGUGAAUGUGGUCUCUGCGCCUAUCCAAAACCACAGUAGGCUUAAGGGGGAAAAAGCAGGUCACUGAGCAGUGCACUAUGAGGGGAAUAGUGUGCCAUUUUGGUCAUCACCUGUGAUUGGUGGACAGAGGCCUCUAUUAACAACACUCAUUACUAACAGACCACUGAGGCAGGACAAAAAGGGCUUCAACUAUGCACUUUUCCAAAAUACAAAAAUACUACUAAAUAAACAUAUAUACAUCGCUUUA